CCCCCGGCCCGGGCAGCCUCCCCCGGGCCGCAGCCGCCGCUCCGCCGCCCCGUUUUCAAGCGAAACCGCUGAUGACGCCGUUCCGCUCCUCUCGGCGACCCGGAAGCGCCGAGGCGCGGCCCGCCCCCUGACCCGGAAGCUCCUCCCCGCUGUCUUUCCGAGCCGGCCCUGGAAGGAGGAGAAAUGCAAGAGGAGGGAGAGUGAGAGGGGAGGGUACGUUGGCAUCUGUCUGAUACUAGACUGGUGAAUAGGAAGAAGGUCCCAUCUCUGGCGUGUUUGUGGAAGCUGGGAUGAUGAAGGCCCUGCAGUGGGAGCGUGCUGUGGUGCAGGGUUGAAGCUCCAGCCCAUGUCUGGUAGUUAUAGAGCAAUUGGAAGGGUUACGAGCAGAGUUCUGGUAAAGAUGGAAGAAUCUCAUUUCAACUCCUCCCCGUACUUCUGGCCAGCAGUGCCCACCGUCUCGGGACAGAUUGAGAACACCAUGUUCAUUAACAAGAUGAAGGAGCAGCUAUUGCCCACAGAGAAGGGCUGCAGCCUGGCUCCCCCCCACUACCCUGCCCUGCUGACAGUGCCCACCUCCGUGGCGCUGCCCACUGGGAUCUCCAUGGACUCGGACACCAAGCCGGAGCAGCUGACACCACACAGCCAAGCCCCCGUGACUCAGAACAUCACCGUGGUACCAGUGCAGUCUGCUGGGCUCAUGACAGCAGGUCCUGGUCUGGUGAUAACCUCCCCGUCAGGUUCUCUGGUGACCACAGCCGCCUCUGCCCAGACCUUUCCCAUCUCAGCUCCCAUGAUUGUCUCUGCGCUCCCCCCUGGCUCCCAGGCAGCCCUGCAGGUGGUGCCAGACCUGUCCAAGAAAGGGACAACCACCCUCGCUGAAGGAGCCGGGGCUGGGGGAGUCGCCCCCAAACCGCCCCGGGGCCGCAAGAAGAAACGAUUGCAGGAGUCGGGGCUGCCAGAGAUGAGCGACCCCUUUGUGCUGACAAACGAGGAUGAUGAGGACCAGCACAAGGAUGGCAAGACAUACAGGUGCCGGAUGUGUUCGCUGACCUUCUACUCCAAGUCGGAGAUGCAGAUCCACUCCAAGUCCCAUACGGAGACAAAGCCACACAAGUGUCCUCACUGCUCCAAGAGCUUCGCCAACAGCUCCUACCUGGCCCAGCACAUUCGUAUCCACUCGGGGGCCAAGCCCUACACGUGCAGCUACUGCCAGAAGGCCUUCCGCCAGCUCUCCCACCUGCAGCAGCACACACGGAUCCACUCCAAGCUCCACACGGCGAUUGUCAAGCCGCACAAGUGUCCUCACUGCUCCAAGAGCUUCGCCAACACAUCCUACCUGGCCCAGCACCUCCGCAUCCACUCGGGGGCCAAGCCCUACACCUGCCGCUACUGCCAGAAGGCCUUCCGCCAGCUCUCCCACCUGCAGCAGCACACACGUAUCCACACCGGGGACCGACCCUACAAAUGUGCUCACCCUGGGUGUGAAAAGGCUUUCACCCAGCUUUCCAACUUGCAGUCCCACAGACGGCAGCACAACAAAGACAAACCUUUCAAGUGCCACAACUGCCACCGUGCGUACACGGAUGCUGCCUCGCUGGAGGUGCACCUGGCCACGCACACGGUGAAACACGCCAAGGUCUACACCUGCUCCAUCUGCAGCCGGGCCUACACCUCGGAGACGUACCUGAUGAAGCACAUGCGGAAACACAACAUCCCUGACCCACAGCAGCAGGUGGUUCAGGCACAAGCCCAGGCCUCGCAGCAGCAGCAGCACUUCCAGCCGCAGGGCGGGGGGGCAGCAGGGGGCCCUUCUGGAGACACUAACCAACCCAACCCUCCCCCCCAGUGCUCCUUUGACCUGACUCCUUACAAGACUUCAGAGCAUCACAAGGACAUCUGCCUCACUGUCAGCACCAGCGCCAUCCAAGUGGAGCACCUCUCCAGCUCCUAGAGAGACCUCAACCCAGGGAGCAGAACGCCUCUUGUGCAUAGCCUGUGCCAGGGGCACCGCUUGUGCAGCGGCCCUCCUCGUGCAACAGUUUCCGGCCUCUCCUCCUGCAGCAGCCUCUCCUGGCUGUGUAACCCUGUUCAUGGCAGCCCCUUGCACAACAGCCUGUCUCAAGGGGGUGCUCCUUCUGUGCAACAGCCUGCCUGGUAGGAGGAUGCUUCCUUGUGCAAGAGCCCCUUUCCUGUGCUGGGAUCACUUCCUCAUGCAAGAGCCCCUCCUUUGAAACCCAAAGAAAGGCCCCUGUUUUGCCUUCUCUCUCACUGUAGGAUGCGUCCGAAGCGGGGUUGCGUGUUGUGACACGCAUGGUGGAUGGGAUGGAGAGACGGCCCUUGUAUAUACGGGGGCUUGGACACGUGUAUUUAGCAGGCCACAGAAGAAUGUGGCAGGGUUCACAGCUGGAUGGGGUUCUUUGAGGAUUGCCUUGAGUGUCUAAGAGAGAAAUAUCCAUUCCUGUCCCUCCUGCUUGUGAAAGGGAGGAGGGGUCGCUCGUCCUGCCCCAAGGACUGGAUGGGAGAAACCUUCUCCCGAGUGGAAGGUGAGACCAGUGGAGGGGGGAGAGGUGAGGCAUGUUCUCUGGGAUGGACAGGUGCCUACACUGCCUAAGGGCUGUGGAGUAUUGCAUUCUUUCUCCUCCCCUAGUGGAGAGCAGUAGAGAGGAGUGUGUCUGAACUGGCUCCUGCCUCUCUCUCACAGCUGUCUGAGCAGCACAAUGGCCCCAUAGGAAUGUGGGCUCCUGCUCAUUGCCCUUCCUGCCUGUUGUGGAUGAUAUCCUAGCAGCCUGUACUCCUCCUCCUCUCCCUCCUGCUUUUCCCCUCCUCAGAAAAGCCUACAGGCAUCAACAACAAACCAAAAAGCAACUGGAGGGAGGGUAAGAGACUGCCAAAAUAAUCAUCACCCUUCUCUCUACUCCCUUUCCUGAAAGGCGGAAUGACAGCAGUUCUGACACUCACAUACCUGUCCUGCCCCCAGUUUCCCAAAGGGAAAGAGGAGGAGGAGGAGGAGGAAUAGACCAGUCUUUUCAAGGGGCUGGCAGGAAGCAGGGAAAGGCUAGCUUCUCCUGCUCAUCUCUUGCCAGAGUGCUCUCCCAGGCUCCCUCUUGCCAAGACGGGCUGGACUCACAUGGCAGUGGUGGCCUCUUCUGGACCCUGGUCAUGGGAGAGAAUCCCCAAAAGGUGGACAGUGGAGAGAAGGGGAUGAAGAUCCCCACAGAGAGACCAAUCUAAUGAGAAGGGGGAGCCAACAAGAAUAAACUGAAGGCCCCUUGAAUUUAUAUAUAUAUAUAUAUAUAAAUAUCUAUUCCCACCCCUGGCCCGCUCUGUCCUUGCUGUAACUGUUUCUAUCUCUGUGUUUAUAAAACGCAUUAUCCUGGCGAAUUUUUAUUUUCAA